AUGAAUAAAUAUGAAAUAGUUGGUAUCGUUGGAGAAGGUGCCUACGGUAUAGUAUAUAAAGCCAAGAACAAAGAAACUGGGGAAUUCGUGGCGAUAAAAAAAUUUAAGGAAAAUACAGAGGAGGAUGAAAUUGUUAAGAAAACAACAAUGCGUGAAGUAAAAAUGCUUAGACUCCUCAAGCAUGAUAAUAUAGUACUAUUAAGAGAAGCAUUCAAAAGGAAAGGCAAACUCUAUCUAGUUUUUGAGUUUGUUGAGAAAACACUUCUCGAAAUACUAGAGUAACGUACUAAUGGUCUCGAUCAAGAAAUGGUCCGCAGAUACAUCUAUCAAUUGCUAAAAGCCAUUAACUAUUGUCACAAUCUAAAUGUAAUACACAGAGAUAUCAAGCCAGAAAAUCUAUUAAUAAUGGAUAACAGUAUGCUGAAACUGUGCGAUUUCGGAUUUGCCAGAAACCUCCCUUAACAAAAAGGGGGAAGCAAUUAAAUUAUGACAGAUUACGUAGCUACAAGAUGGUACAGAUCGCCUGAAUUGCUACUUGGAGAUAAAUACGCUAAGGAAGUUGAUAUUUGGGCUAUUGGCUGCAUUAUGGGUGAACUUACUGAUGGAGAACCUUUAUUCCCCGGUGAAUCAGAAAUUGAUUAGCUUUAUGUUAUAUAGAAAAUUUUGGGUCUUCUGACGUAAGAGCAAUAAGAACGUUUCUAAAAGAAUCCUAGGUUUAUCGGUUUUAAGUUUCCUUAAGACAUAAGCAAACCUGAAACGUUGGAGAAGAGAUACGUAGGGAAAUUAUCCAAGCAAGCGUUGAAUUUUAUGGAAGGUCUAUUAAAAAUGGAGCCUAAAGAAAGAUUAACUGCAAAAGAAGCAAUAUGCCAUCCAUAUUUUGAUGGGUUAAGAGAUCAGCCUGAAGAGUAGAUGUGCUAGGAAUUUAGGUCCAGCUAGGUAAAUUUGAGAAGACUGGAAAGUGCUAAUAACAGUGGUGCUGCAAGAAACAAUUAAGAUAGCUCAAGGUCAAGAAGUGGACUGAGAAAUAAUGUAGGGGGUGUUGCAAAGGUAGCAGGUGGUAAUAAUUUUAGUCAACAAAAGAAACUAAGUCAAAUACCAAUUCAGUAAGAAGAUCCUAAGGCUAAAUCAUAAGGAAGAAAAAAUGAAUAAAGUAAGUAACAGAUCUUAAUAUUUAUAGAAAAUUAAUUAGGUUAAAGUAACUUCUUGAACAUUAAAAAUUAAGUUGCUGCCGCAAGAGACUCAUCCUUAUCUAAUCAAGGAGCCAAUGCAGGAAACAGCUCUAUGUCAGCAUAUCAAACAGGAAAUAACUUUAACGUGAAUAACUCUAAAUAUUAGGCAGCUUAGAUGCAACAGCAAAAUAUCAAGAAUACUUCACUUUACGGUUAAUUUGACUUAGGAACCUAAGGACCUAGUCUUGCAACUGGAUCUGUCCAUCAUAAUUCAACCAAUAACUUUACUAUGAAUAAUUUCAUGCCUAGUAAUCUCACAUCAGCAUUAUACAAUCAAGUAACAGCAAAUCACAAUAAGCAAUAGGUUGAAUACAGUUAUGACAUUAACCUAUCAGCUGUUAACAAGAGUCUUAAUGAUUAUGACACAGGAACUAACCCUAAAUACUCUUCUGGAAAUUACUAUGGUGGAAAGCAAGAAGGUUAAGGAGUGAUUAUAGAGGCUGAUGAAGAAUCUUAUUAUUAAAAUGAAAGCCCAAUAAGAGGUAGAAAAAUUCAAUAAAACUAAGGAAUUCAAGGAAACUCUGAUACAAGAGGCGGCGGAUUUUCACAUUCCCCUUAGUCAAAAAAUAAUAUAGUACCAGGUACAGUUACAUAAAAUGUGUUUGGAAACAACGGCCUUUAAAAUAUAUAUAAAAUGCCUUAGUAGUAAUAGUAAAAUGCAGCAUUCCAAAAGUUAAAUUCGAAAAUGAAGCAAAAGAGAAAUAACAAUAUAGUAACGAAUCCAGGGAAUAAUCCAGCUGCUGGUUUAAGUGGUUCGAACAACAGAGAUGGAAGUAAUGACCCUCUUGAUAAUCAAAGAGUAGAUACUGGCGGAGGAGAGUACAUAUAAAAUGAGGAUGAAUAAAAUACAUACUCAAUGCCAUAUAGCAAUAACAAAUUUUCCCCAAAGGCUGGAUAGAAUAAAUAAGCACCAAAGAAAAAAGCUAGUGCUGAGGACUGGGGUAUGAAUUUUAACAGAUAAGGCAGCAAAAAAGGCAUUGUUUCAGGAGUAUCAGGGAUGAUGAAUACACAGUAAAACACUUUCAUGGGAAAUAAAAUGUCCUUUGGCAAUAACCAGUAAACAUAAAGUGUUUAUGACUAUAGCAUACCAGCAAAUUAGACUCAAGCAAGCGGAACAGGAGUAAUGAAUCCCUCAAGCAGUUAGAAUAACUAUGUAAUGGCAUUUUCAAAGGAAUCAAUGCUAGAAGUACCAAACACUAGAGGCCAGUAGAAAAGAUAAGUUACGAAUGCUGCAGGUGCUGCUAUAGAUGAAAUAAGCCCUCACUCUUCAAAGCAUGAAUUUAUUUAGCUAAGCGGAGGAAAUAAUGCUGGAAACUAAAGUAGCAAUGUAAGCAAUGCUGGCUCUAGCUAUGGAUAAACUGCAUUUAGAAAAAGGUUCUGA